GCCCACUCAGAAUCAUGCCUUCCAGGCAGGUUCAUUUUCUCUGACAAGGAACUUAUGCUCGAGAUGGUCAAAAGCAGAGGUAUGACUCGGAACAGGACAGACAAUGGCUGUGGACAGCUACAGUGGGCAAAAGCAAUGGACAACAGCUGUGAAGCUCUUUGUUAGGACUGAGAAGAAAGGAGGAUCUUGCAUUUAAAGCACAAGACCUCCGUUUGGGAGUAAUCAUUGUGCUCCCCUUUCCCAGAAGGUCUCCGAUCCUUCAAGCAGGAGCUGAUGAAGCCUAGAGCUGUUCAGGAUGGAUUCCAAGGAGUGCAUGGUACCAGUGCACCAUCAGGAGUCUGAAACCAAGGCCAAGGCAGAGACUGCAAGCUCUUUGAAUGUCGCUGCCUGUCCCAUUGGAUCUCCUCUGCACCUUCAGGCCUCCGGCUCCUGCUGCAACACUGGUAACCCAUGGCCAUGCAGGAGCUCCACCUGCGCUCGGGGCUGUGUCUACAAGCUCAUGGGUGCGAGAUGCAGCUUGUCCACUCAAAGGCAGAGGGGGGAAAGGGCCUCUUGUCCCCCUGGACAGGGUCCAAAAUUGCUAUCUUUCUUAGUGCAGCCCAGCUCCCUCCCCAGCCCCAACCAAUGGCAAUGUCAACUGAGAUUAGGACAAGCUGUUACUAGUGUAUAAAAAUCCCUGGAGCAGACUUUGACUCCACUUACUAGUAAUUGUUCACAGAAGCCUCAAGCAAGCCCUCUUGCUCAGCACCAUGGUGCACUGGACAGCUGAGGAGAAGCAGCUCAUCACCGGCCUCUGGGGCAAGGUCAAUGUAGCCGACUGUGGUGCCGAGGCCCUGGCCAGGCUGCUGAUCGUCUACCCCUGGACCCAGAGGUUCUUCUCUUCCUUCGGGAACCUGUCCAGCCCCACUGCCAUCCUUGGCAACCCCAUGGUCCGUGCCCAUGGCAAGAAAGUGCUCACCUCCUUUGGGGAAGCCGUGAAGAACCUGGACAACAUCAAGAAGUGUUUUGCUCAGCUGAGCAAACUUCACUGUGAGAAGCUGCACGUGGACCCCGAGAACUUCAGGCUCCUGGGUGACAUCCUCAUCAUCGUCCUGGCUUCACACUUCGGCAAGGAUUUCACCCCAGCCUGCCAGUCUGCCUGGCAGAAGAUGGUCCGUGUGGUGGCCCAUGCUCUGGCUCAUGAGUACCACUGAGCUUCCUGCAACCAUUCACACCAGGAGAUGCUCCCAAAUCACCCAGAAGCAUCCUUUGGGCCUGCUGGUCUGUAACUGCCAAAUAAACACCAACUGCUUCAUCACAAA